GUGAACGCAACGUAUCUGGGCAGCUCGCGACACUUGGUUUUUUUUUGGUCGCGGGGCAAUUGUUUGUUAUGCAUCUGCCGGGACCUCGGCCGUCGGCUGCUCGCUUUGAAGUGCGCUGCUCCAGCCUGUCGGCUCAGUCGGUGUCGGAGUCGCCUACAGGAGAGACCUCGACGCGGGGCAUGGCAGCCUGAAGCCAGAGAGGGAGGAGAAAAAAGGAGGCGGCACAGAAAAGCGGCAUUUUUUUUCUUCUCUCCCCCCACCACCACCUCUCUCCCUCCUCUCGAGUGCUUUUUUUUCCCUCCUCCUCUUCACCAUAAACCAACUGGAACCUGAAGCGGACUGUACGUGGACGCGUCGCGGAGACGAAUACUGUGGAUUACACGCGUUUUUUCUUUUUAUCUUGUGUGGAUAAAACAAUAUAUAUAUAUAGAUGAAAAGAAAGCCAAGAAGUGGAGUUUAAUUUUGAGGAGAUAACUCGUGGAUCGAUGAGAGGAGACGGGCGGUCGGAGAGAAGCUCCCCCCGCUGACGGCAGAGAGCGAGGAGAUUACACAGCCGAGGCGAACCGAUCACUGCGCCGCCUCCCGGAGCCAUGAGCCGCGCGCUUAUGGACCACAUCUCCGGUAGUUUCCGAGAAGAUGCUCCUCGACCCCCGGUGCCGGGGGAGGAGGGCGAGCCCCGCCGCUACCCCGGCAAACCGGCCAUGACGAAGCCCCCGCAAAAAGCCGAGGUGGUGCUCGGCUCCUCGGCGCGGAGGAACCAGGACGGUCUCGGGGAGCCGGAGGGCAGCGCGUCCCCGGACUCCCCGCUCUCCCGCUGGAACAAGUCUCUGCACUCGCUGCUCGGCGACCAGGACGGCGCCCUCCUCUUCAGGACGUUCCUGGAGCGGGAGAAGUGCGUCGACGCGUUGGACUUUUGGUUCGCCUGCAACGGCUUCCGGCAGAUGGACCCGCGGGAAAGCAAAACGCAGCGGGUCGCCAAAGCCAUCUACAAGCGCUACAUCGAGAGCGACGGCGUGGUGGCCCAGCAGCUCAAGCCCGCCACCAAAACCUUCAUCCGGGAUAAUAUCAAGAAGCAGCACGUGGACUCCGCGAUGUUCGACCAGGCGCAGACGGAGAUCCAAGCCGACAUGGAGGAGAACGCGUACCGGAUGUUUCUGAGCUCCGGCGUCUACCUCGAGUACGCCAGGACCGGGGGAGAGACCCCCAACCACGUCGUCCAGGUCGGCUGUGGAUACAUGCCCACGCUCAUCGAGGAGGAGGUGUGGAGCUGCGACUUCCGAGUCAAAGCGCCGCCGGGCUGCGCGUCCGUGAACGCGCAGGCGGUCACCGCGUCCGCGAGGGCGGUGGAGGUGAUGGAGAGGGGACACAGAUCGUACAAGAGAGGAGACCACGCGGGCUCGUUCGCUCCGGCCACCAGCACCAACGACAGCGAGGUCUCCAGCGACGCCCUGACCGACGACGCCAUGUCCGUGACCGACAGCAGUGUAGAUGGCAUCCCUCCCUAUAAACUGGGCUCCAAGAAGCAGCUACACAGAGAUAUGCAGCGCAACAUGAGGAUGAACAGUCAGGUCUCCCUGCCUGCUUUUCCUCGCACUUGCUGGCCUCCCAAGGAGGUGGUCCCGAUGAAGCCGUCGGAGUUCGCCGCCCAGCUCAUAUCCCGCCUGGAGAGCCUGAAGAGGAAGCAGGACACCACCAACUCCCUGGAGGAGAUCCAGGAGGAGGAGGAAAGAGAUGAGGCGGAGACGGCGCUCUCACCCCACCCCUUCGCCCUCCUCCCCGAGUCCUCCGACGAGGACCCACAGGCCAUUCUGGACGAGCACCUGUCUCGCGUCCUGAAGACCCCCGGUUGCCAGUCCCCCGCCGUCGUCCGCCGCUCGCUGUGCUCCGGCUCCCCGGAGUGUCGGCCCAUCGCGCGCGCCGGCUUCGGGACCAAGGCCCCGGCGGGUCCCUGCACCCCGUGCGUCUCCAGUCCCGACCAAGGGGCCAACAGCCCGACGCCGGGCCCCGGCAGGAGCUUUGUGAGCCGGCAGAACACAAAGCACAUCCACCACCACUACAUCCACCACCACGGCGGCCCCAAGACUCAGGAGCAGAUCGAGAGGGAGGCGGCGCUUCGUGUGCAUGGCCUAUGCGAAGGUGGCGGCGGCAGCGAUUGCCAGCCUUACCAGCGCAGCCGCAGCCUGGGCCGGGAGAUGUGUGGGGCCGCCGCCACUGGCGGCAGCGUGGGGCGCUCCAGCUCUCUGUCCAGGCGCGCGUGUCGCUCGGGGGCCGAGGACGGGGUGGCGGAGAGGUGCGUGGAGGACUGCGGGCCUCCUCUGCAGCUGCCCAGCAACACAACGGACUCCACCCAGAACGUGCUGCAGUGGAUCCUGGAGAGCAAGCGGCAAAGCAGGCACAAGUCCCACAGCGUCCAGAGCGUCAAAAAGACCUUCGGCGGCUCCUCGGCGCAGACGCACACGUGGGGCGGGGGCGGAAGCUGCGGCCACCUGCGUAGUCACCAGCCAGCCCAGCCGUUCAUCCAGGACCCCGCCAUGCCGCCCCCGCCCCCCCCCAACACUUUGGCCCAGCUGGAGGAGGCCUGCCGCCGGCUAGGGGAGGUUUCCAUCAAGCCCGCCAAGCAAAGGCAUCCGAUGUCCGGUCUCCAGCAAGAGAAGAGCCACCCAGUGCCUGUGCAGGCCGAGGGCUCCGCCCCUCCGUCUCUAGCCAGUCCCGCUCCCCUCGGGCUCCACCCGACCAGCGGCGGCCUCCAAUCAGAAGAGGCGAAGGAGGCCAGAAAGGGUUCAGGAGGCGAGACGGUGGUGACGUAUUUCUUCUGUGGUGAGGAGAUCCCCUACCGGAGGAACAUGAAGAGCCACUGCCUCACCCUUGGCCACUUCAAGGAGCAGCUCCGCAAGAAGGGCAGCUACAGGUACUACUUCAAGAAGGCCAGCGACGAGUUUGCGUGCGGCGCCGUGUUCGAGGAGGUGUCGGACGACGGCUGCUCGCUGCCCACCUACCAGGGCAAGAUCCUGGGCAAGGUGGAGAGGAUGGAGUGAGACCCCCCCCGCCCCACCUCGUGGAUUUUAAAACGGACCCUUCACACCUCCAUGGAUGUACUCCCUUCGUUCGCUCGCAAACACACACACACACGCAGGAGCUUAUCGGACUGGACAUGCCGCCGAAGGAAUAUUGCCGACGUUCGGGAAGAGGAAGGAGGACGAGUCAUCGCCAUUACAGGACUGUCACCGCCUCCACGUCUACAGGAAUCAAAGAAUGCGUGUCUGUCUGUUUUGUGUGUGUGUGUGUGUGUGUGUGCGCUCGUGUGUUGCUGGACAGAAACACGUGUGUGUGUGUUUCCAGAAGAGGAAACUCAAAAGACUUUAGGUGAAUGACCACUCCUCAAAGAAGCCGUUCGGGUGGCGUUUGGAUCUGAGACUGGCAGCCCACCCGAGCCCCCCCCCCCUGUGCCGGCAUCUGCCACUGGCUAAGCGACCCUGCUAGUGUGUGUGUGCACAGAUAUACAUGUACAUUGCAUUGUAUUGUGAUGCUCGUAUUGCUGUGUAAAGAUUCGUAUUGCUAUUUAUUGGAAGCGUCCCCGUUGUUCCUCUAUGGACAAGCUGCUUGUAGUUGGAGAAACUUCUCCAAGUUUCCACAUCCGUGAUUCUUUUUUUUGCUUUUUUCUGUUGCCCCCCCAACCCUUUCCCAUCCUGCUGAGCAUUAGUUCUCAAGCAAAAGAAAUGGCUUUUAUUCAUUGUCUGCCCCUCCAUCUUGAGCUGUAAACUUCCAAAAUACCUCUUCGAAGGACCCUCUCCUCCUCCUGGAGAUUCAGCGAUGACUCAUCUCUGAUCUCCUGGCGGCAGCGCUUACUGCUGAGGCUCUUAUCACUUAAAAGUUUGAUAAUAUAUUUACUACUGCAGUGCUAUUUGUCGCCAUCUGCGCCGAGCGUACUAUGAGUGGGGGGGGGUGUAAAGAACAAAAAUGCCAUUAACGUGUAAUUCCCAGCUAGCCUUGAUCCGUCGCGUCUUAGUGCCUUUGUUUCAGUGGCGCAGGCAUCGCACAAAUAGCCUACGAGUUAACGAAGAGGAAAGUGCCCUGAACGUGGUCCUAGAGUCCCCAAAAUGUGUUUACGCCAUUAUUAAUAUUUACCAACACAAAGCUCUAUAGUGUGCCCCCCCAACGUGCUUACCGAUGUGAUUGUGUGACUGAGUUGCUUUUGAGUAGUGUUACUCUGUGUGUUUGAAAGCUGCACUAUGCGCUGCAGAUGAUGAUGAUGAUGAUGAUGGUGAUUUACACACUAUGUCCGUAGUGUUCUAACUGAGUACAGUAGCUGUGCCUACAUGGAUUCUUGCCGUGUUUUACCCAAUUUUCCGGGUCCUUUUACUCCCUUGGUUUUUACAAGGGGCCUUAUGUUAAAAAGAUAUUUUUAUGCCUUUUAGUAUCCGUUUCAUCAUGUUUUAUGUUUUAUAAUAUUUUUCAUGGCUUCCUUGGCUCCACUUGUAAACUGUAAAUUAUGCGUUCUAUAGAGCUCAGUUGAAAAGAUGCCUCGGUACUUUAAUUAUUGUAAUUAUGAAGAGAUGUAGCCUUUAUUAAAAUGUUCUAUUUUUCAAAUUA